CCCGGCAAUCAAUCAACAACACGAGAGAAACAACCACAACACAGCAGCAUCUUACCUACCAACAUGGGCUCUCUAUUGCGCCUGUUAUCCGAUGCAAGUCGCACUUUAGGAAAUUAAAUAGUUAAACUCUGUGUCAGCUCGAGGCGAUAUCGGAAGAUGUUUGAACCAGAAUGUAAUCGUCUAAACUUUUACCAAGUUGCACGGAGAGUCCUGGCAAACAGUCACACAGAGAACAGAGAUGAACCGUUCUCCAGUCAAGAGGCGGAUUUAUGAAUCGCAAGGGGGUUCGACUCUAGUUUUGGUUCUGUAUCUCGUUGUUGCUUGCAUAGUUGGCACUGUAAUCGUCUGCGACUAUGUCUGAUCCGAGUUCCUGGAGUGCGUUCCCUGGAUGCAGCAAAUCUCAUUUUGUCUCGGGCGCGAUGCUCAAGCGAUCCAAAAGCUGUCGCAGCAGUAAUAGAAAGAGCCUUGGUGUUGGAACACCGUCGCCCACCCGCCCUCUUUCACCUCUGUCCGCACACACAGCUGCCAGCAGCCCUCUGGACAGCCCACGAAAUGUGUCCACUGCUAUUUGCUCUCUCAACUUCCCUUUCGCCCGCAGCCACCUGGCUCGAGCUGACAGAGCGGAAGGGAGACGGUGGUCUCUGGCUUCACUUCCAUCCUCAGGUUAUGGGACCAACCCUCCCAGCUCAACCGUCUCUUCAUCUUCCUCAUCUCAAGAACGACUGCACCAGCUUCCAUACCAACCCACACAGGACGAGCUUCAUUUUCUGUUCAGACACUUCAGAAGUUCGGAGAGCAUGACUGAUGAAGAUGGCCGGCCCUCCCCGUUUAUACGACCCCGGUCACGUAGCCUUAGCCCUGGACGAACUGGCAGCUCCUUUGAUAAUGAAAUUAUAAUGAUGAAUCAUGUCUAUAAGGAACGCUUUCCAAAGGCCACCGCUCAGAUGGAGGAGCAUUUGCUGGAAGUCAUCAGGCAGUUUUCCCCAGACAGCACCCUUCCGCUGGGAGAUGGCGUCUUGGGAUUUAUCCAGCACCAGUUGGUGGAGUUGGCCAGGGACUGUCUGGAUAAAUCUCAGAAGGGCCUGAUCACAUCUCUGUACUUCAUAGAGCUACAGGAUAAACUGGAAAAAAUGCUGCAUGAGGCUCUGGAGCGCUCCGAGAGUGAGGAGGUUUCAGUAAUCACCCAGCUGGUGAAGAAGAUCCUCAUCAUCAUCUCGCGACCCGCACGACUGCUGGAGUGUCUGGAGUUUGACCCUGAGGAGUUUUACCAUCUUCUGCAGGCCGCAGAAGGACACGCCAAAGUCGGCCAAGGCAUCAAAACCGACAUUCCCCGCUACAUAAUCAGCCAGCUAGGACUCAACCGAGAUCCCCUUGAUGAAGUCGUUCAGCUCGAGGAGCAGUAUGACUCUGGCCCCACACUCACGGUCGAUUCGGAAGAAUCCACGGAGCAGAAUAAAUCUUUACCCACACCACUACGAAGAAAACCACAGGAGAGUGAUUUUGAGACUAUUAAACUCAUCAGCAAUGGGGCUUAUGGGGCUGUGUAUCUGGUGAGGCAUAAAGAAACUCGGCAACGGUUUGCCAUGAAAAAGAUCAACCGACAAAACCUGAUUCUGCGGAACCAGAUCCAGCAGGUAUUUGUGGAGCGAGAUAUCCUGACGUUUGCAGAGAAUCCCUUUGUGGUCAGCAUGUUCUGCUCCUUCGAGACCCGCAGACACCUGUGCAUGGUCAUGGAGUACGUGGAAGGUGGUGACUGUGCCACUCUGCUUAAGAACAUGGGGCCACUUCCUGUGGAAAUGACCAGGAUGUACUUUGCGGAGACGGUUCUAGCGCUGGAGUACCUCCACAGUUAUGGCAUUGUGCACAGAGAUCUCAAACCAGACAACCUCUUGAUCACUUCAAUGGGACAUAUUAAACUCACUGACUUCGGGCUCUCCAAAAUCGGCCUCAUGAACAUGACAACUAAUCUGUACGAGGGCCACAUUGAGAAAGACACUAGGGAGUUUAUCGAUAAGCAGGUUUGUGGCACCCCGGAGUACAUUGCUCCAGAAGUGAUCUUGCGGCAGGGCUACGGGAAGCCUGUCGAUUGGUGGGCCAUGGGCGUCAUCCUGUACGAGUUUCUGGUGGGAUGUGUGCCGUUCUUCGGAGACACACCAGAAGAGCUUUUUGGACAGGUUGUGAGUGAUGAGAUUAUCUGGCCAGAUGGAGAUGAUGCCCUUCCUGUAGACGCCCAGGACUUGAUCACACGAUUACUGAACCAAAACCCACAGGAGAGGCUUGGAAGAGGUGGGGCUCCAGAAGUAAAGCAGCACAUGUUCUUCAGUGGUCUGGACUGGAACGGACUCCUGCGUCAGAAAGCCGAGUUCAUCCCUCAGCUGGAGGCCGAAGACGACACUAGUUAUUUCGACACUCGAUCUGAACGCUACCAUCAUUUGGCCUCUGAUGAAGAUGAUGAAACUAAUGAUGAAGAGUCUUCCCUAGAAAUACGAGGGUUUUCCUCUUGGUCAAAUCGUUUCAGCAAGGUGUACAGCAGCACCGAGCACCUGGCCACCCCAUCCAACCUGAGCUUCUCCUCUGACCGCAGUCACAGUGAAGAGCUGGAGGACGGCAGGGACACUCACUCACAUGGAGAGAUCCAGCGGCAGGCCUCCACUGGAGACAAGAGGCUUUCGGCUCAGAGGGCAAGUCUGCGCCCUCGCACUUCCUCCAGCUCCUCUCAGCCUGAGCGAGCGGUGAGCCCCCUAGUGGUGAGCAGCACACACAGCCUGGAGGCCAUGCCUCGAUUCGCCCUCUCCACAGACGACGAGGCUGAAGUUGUCGUAUCCAAACUGCGACGAAUCAGACUACGUAGCAACAGCACAGGAACGAAACACUCAUCGCCGAAGGAGCAAGGGAGUCCUCAGAGCUUUGGAAACCAGCUGGAGACACCUGACAGACAUCGGCUCUCACCAGGACGCAAAGUUCCCAAAUCUGCAUCAGUGUCUACACUCUCGCUCAUCAUCACUCCAGAUGAUGGCGGUGGCAGCCUGCAAGCGCACUCUAUUUCCCCUCGAUCGUUUUCCUCCAACCCAUCAUCCCGAGACUCCUCCCCCAAUCGAGACCUGUCACUCAGCAUCAGCAGGCUCCGCCCCCCCAUCAUCAUCCACAGCUCUGGGAAGAAAUACGGCUUCACCCUGCAGACCAUUCGUGUGUACAUGGGGACCAGCGACAUCUACACCAUACACCACAUGGUCUCGGGUGUGGAGGAGAGCAGCCCUGGCCACGAGGCUGGACUGCGAGCAGGUGAUCUGAUCACUCAUGUGAAUGGAGAGUCAGUGCAGGGUCUAGUGCACACAGAGAUGAUGGAGCUGCUUUUGAAGAGCGGUAACCAGGUGGCCCUGCAGACCAUCGCACUGGAGGACACGUCGAUAAAGAUUGGUCCGGCACGCAAGCGCAGCUGUAAAGGAAAGAUGGCUCGCCGCUGUAAGAGGAGCAAAUGGAAGGAAAGUCAGGACCGGAGGCGCAGUAUGCUGAAGAAGCUGUCCAAACAGAGCACCGUCAUGCACAGCAGCCGCAGUUUCUCCUCCGGCCUGCAUCACUCCGUGUCCUCCAGCGAGAGUCUGCCAGGCUCUCCCACACACAGCCUUUCCUCCGGACCCACAACACCCUGCCGGAGCCCCGUUCCCGACCACACCGCUGAUGCCAGCCUGCCCCAGAACGCCUCUCCGUGCUCCAGCUCUCCCAGUUCACCGGUGGUCCAAAUGCGGCCCAGCUCUCUGCACGGCCUCGGGUCUAAACUCAGCAACCAGCGCUACACUAAAGCGGGGAGACGCAAGUCCACCAGCAAUAUCCCACCCUCACCUCUGGCCUGCACUUCCUCACCGCAGGCCCUGUCCCCUCAGCGCUCCCCCUCUCCCUUACCCAGCAUCUCCAAAACCCUCCACUCCUUCCACGGAAAGACCCUGUCGCCCCCCACCAUCAUUCGGCAUGUGGUCCGACCCCGGAGUGCAGAACCUCCACGUUCCCCUCUGCUAAAGAGAGUCCAGUCUGCGGAGAAACUCUCGGGGGCUUUAUUUGCUGACAAAAAGCCCCACGCAGCCCGCAGACACACGCUGGAGGUCCCGCACUGCGAGGUGGACGUCCCGGGAGAAGCCGAGGCCGAGGGGGCCUGUGGAGCCACAUACAUGGCGGAUCACAGCAGGCUGGGUGGGUAUCUUUGCGCCCAAAGAUUUAGGGACUGGCCCGGCGAGCGCAUGGAGCAGAUGGUCGUAAUGCGCAAGCUGAAUCUCUGCGAACGUCGAGAUUCCUUCAAGAAACAAGAAGCUGUGCAGGAGGUGAGCUUUGACGAGCCGGAUGACCGGGCUCCUCAGAUGCCCCCUCAGACGCCCGCAUCCUCUGGCACACGGCCCAGGCACGUGAUGGGUGAGACGCAGUCGGAGGAGGAGUGCAUGGCGAGGAGGAAUCCGCUAGUUCCCCAGAUCGCCGUGCAAGGAUCAGAGAGCGAGGAAGCAGAUGACUGGAGGCUUUGCUCAGAUGAAGACGAGCAAGAGGAUGAAGAAAUUGUGAAUCGAGGUGAUCCUGCCAACAAAGACGACCCACACUCCUCAGCAGCCGCCGAGACAGCGAAGGCGGAAACGCAUCAGAGUCCAGAUAAACACAAAGUGAAAGAGAGAUAAAUGACUGAAGACUGUUACAUAUCCGCAGGCUUCUCAGCUCACCCACUGAGAUGUUUGUUGCCACGCAGACCAAGUAGAGUAUUUUAUUAGUGUGCAAAUGGAAGUAAGCUAGUUUUAUGCAGGGGAUAUUUAUGCUUUUUUAAUUUAUAAUGUACACUGGUGACAUACUGUUGGCCAAAAAGAAAACUUAACGGUUGCUUGUACGUUUUUCUCACCUUGUGUAAACUUGUUGAGGAGGGAAACUGAAUGACUUGAUUUUUCUAUGAAAAUGUGCAAAUGCUUAAAUUAAUUUCAUCCUCCCAUGAGCUUUUCAUUUUUGCACCAACUUUGUGAUUUUAAAAGCUUUUGAAUGGAAUUGUCAUUUGACCCUCGUUAUCUAUUAUUUUAUCAUUUCAAAGCGUUUCCAGAGCAUUUGAAAUGAUACAUGUGAAGUAAAAAAGGGCUCUGUUGUGCUGAACAUUUGCACUUCGAGUAACUUGACAUUUUCGUCAAGGUGUCCAAAAAAACCAAUAGUGUAUUUGUGGAUUUCAUGCAUCAAACCAAACAGGACAUUGUAUUUGUCCUUUUUUUUAAAGGUGAAUUUAGAUUUUAAAUAUUUUAAACUACAGGGAUAGUUCACCUAAAAAUAAAAAACAUCUGUCAUUUCAAGAAUUCCAAAAGAUAUUUUGAAGAAGGUCCCCAUUGACUUGCUUAGUAUUUUAUUUUCCGUACUAUGGGAGUAAGUGGAAACCAAAAACUGGUUCCCUGCAUUCUUUAAAAUAUAAUCGGUUAUGUUCAGGUUUGGAACAUCAUGGGGUUGAGUACAUGAUGAGAGAGUUUUUUCAUUCAUUCAGUUUUGAAGUAUACUUUCACAGUUCUCACUAUUAUUAUUACUUCUUUUUUUUUUUUUGCAUGCCUACAAUUUUGUUUAAAUACUCUUUCUGUAAAAAAAAAUUCUCCCAUCUUUGCAUGUUAUUUUCAGUUCCCACGUUUUUUUAAUGCAUGUCUUUUAUUUUGUCUUAAAUUUUCUUUCUGUAUAUUUUUUUCACCCAACUUUGCACGGUAAUUUCACAGUUCCAACCUUUUUUUUUAAUACGUCUUUAAUUUUCCUUUAUUUAUGCUGUAAAUUUUUUUCACCAAACAUUGCAUGUUAUUUUCAGUUCCCACUAUUUCUUCAUGCAUGUCUUUAAUUUCUUUCUGCACAUUUUUUUUUCACACAACUUUGCAUGUUAUUUUCACAGAUCCCACAAUUUUUUUUUAUUUAAUUUUCCUUAAGUAUUCUUUCUGUAAAAUAAGAAUAUUUAUUUCACCCAGAGUUGCAUGUUUACCUGCAACCUAAAAAAAUCUUCACAGGUGCUAAGAUGAACGGGCUCACAGACACCUUUGAGAAAAAAAAAAAAAAGUAAAGCAUGCAGUCACACAUUUCAAACUAACUAGAACUUAACUCGCGUGUGCUCUUACAAGAAAUCAAUGUGUAACAAACUACGUUAUCCUGAGUUUUCCAUGGACCGUUGGCUGUCGGCAGUCCUCACAAGCUUUUGUACUUGGAAUAAUGUUUACAUUUUUCAUAUAUUGGAAUUUCUACUGUGUGAGGGGAGCUGUAUGGCCUGUUUUUAACUUGAUUACAAAUGUGUUCAGACAGUGGGUGGAGGCUUCAGUUAGAUUAUGGUUUUAAAGUUCAGUUGAUGUCAUUGUUAAUAGGCAAAUCUCUCUAAUGUUGCACAUGUCAGACUGGAAGUUUUUGUGUUCAUAUGCAUGACUCCCCUCCAAAACACUUUUUCUAAGCUGUAUAUGUGGUUAUUUGAAUCUAAUGGACAGUAUUUUUAUUGCAUGAGAAGGUGCAACAGUCUGUCAGUCGGGUGUUAAUAUAUGUUCACAAGUUCAACAUUUGUAACAUUUUUAAAGUUUAUUGUUAUUGCGACCUCUGUGUAAGGUUUUUUUUUUUUUUUUGCAUCAGGCUACUGUAAUUGUAAUACCAGUUUGUGUAAAUGAAUAGGCCGUAUUUUUCUGCCUGUCAGCCGAUCAUUUGCAUGGUGCAUGUUCAGUGAAUACACAGUGCACAUUGGCAUGGCAUCCUGAGUGCAAUAUGUGUUUAAUGGUCAAGUAUAACCAAGCUUUGGAAUUACAGUAAUUUUUCAAACAAUUUCAUGUUAUGCAGACCCCGUUGUGACCUUUUAUCCCUCUGUAAUCACAGACUUUAGUGGAUGAAGUGUUUGUCGUGUGAAAUGGUGUUCAGAUGAGACGGGGUCACUAUCUGCUCUUACAUUCACACUAGAGCUUCACAGCACUGGAAAUCCAUCAUAUACAUAUCCUGGUGUGCUGCUGGUUUCUUCCAUUUUGCCAGAAUUGUCAAGACUUACUGAUUAUUGGUGUGUGUUUGUAAAAAAGAUUAAAAAAAACUUUUUAUAAAUAUUUUUUAAUGUUCU